AUGUCGCAUCAUGAUCCCGACGUUGAGAAAAUGGACAGAACCAGCUCGCCUGAUCUUUCGAUAGAUCAUGGCAUUCAUCAUCUUUCUGGAGGCCAUCUUUCUCUUGACGAUGUGCAAGCCGUUCAUGUUCAACUUCACAGCUUGGCCGUAUCGGUUGAUACAGCACCAUCAUGGCUUGCACCCUCAACAUACGGAGAUUUGUUCUCGUCAAAGUUCAGCACCGCUCCAAAGAUGAAGCCCUUACUUAACGCUGUAAACGCCGAUCUUCAACCUGGAACGUUGACAGCUAUCAUUGGAGGUAGUGGCUCGGGAAAGACGACGUUGCUCAACACAGUCGCUGAAAGAGUUCUGAGCUCGAGAUUGAGUCAAGAGGGUGUUGCGACGUUUAAUGGGAAAGUUGGAGUUCACAAUGUUCGAGCUGCAUAUGUUAUGCAGCAGGAUAUUCUGCUACCGACGCUUACUGUUAGGGAAACGUUGAGAUACUCGGCUGAUCUGCGAUUACCGCCGUCGACGACCGCUGAAGAACGGCAUAGAGUUGUUGAAGAGGUUAUUCUUGAACUUGGACUGAAGGAAUGCGCUGAUACACGGAUUGGUAACUCGCAGCAUCACGGAUGUUCAGGUGGCGAGAAGCGACGAACGAGUAUUGGUGUUCAACUCCUCGCCAACCCGUCAGUUCUCUUCCUCGACGAGCCGACUACCGGUCUUGAUGCGACGAGUGCAUACCAACUUGUGCGAACACUCAAGACACUUGCGCAAAAGGGGCGCACGAUCAUAACGACGAUUCAUCAGCCUCGUUCUGAAAUCUGGGAUCUUUUCGAUAACCUCAUCGUUUUAACAAAAGGUAGCCCUGUCUUCUCGGGUGCAAUCAAAGAUGCUGUUCCUUGGUUCGCAGAUCUAGGUUUUCAACUCCCGCCUUUUGUUAAUCCCGCUGAGUUCAUCAUCGACAUUGCGGCCGUUGAUAAUCGUACUCCCGAGUUGGAACAAGAAACGUCUGCGAAAGUUGAGCAGUUAAAGAGUGCUUGGAAUCAAGAAACCCAAAAGCGGCAUCCCCCCCUUAAUCCUGUUGAUGUUGGCGAUGGGAAGAAGAAGAAGAAGGACAAGAAGGCGGAAGAGCAUGCUGGUUUUGUGCGACAACUCACUGUUCUCACCGAUCGUACUCUCAAAGUCACAUAUCGUGAUCCUCUCGGUAUGGCAGCUACACUCACCGAGGCUAUCUUUAUGGGACUUGUGUGUGGAUACUUAUUCUUCGAUCUCGGUCGUGACCAAGCUGGCAUUCGAUCUCGUCAGGGUGGAUUAUACACAGCUGCCGGUCUACAGGGCUAUCUCAUCCUGAUCUUCGAGGUCUACCGUAUGACAUUCGACAUUCCCACUUUCGAUCGCGAGAACUCAGAAGGAUGCGUCAAUGCCCUACCCUUUGUUCUCUCACGACGAAUCGCACGGAUGGUCACAGAAGAUGUCGCUGCGCCAUUUCUCUUCUCGGUUAUUUUUUACUUCAUGGCCGGUUUUGAUCGUGAUGUUGAAAAGUUCUUUACCUUCUUUGCGAUCACUCUUCUGAACCAGUACAUUGCUGUUACGUGUGCCAUGACAUGUGUUGCUACGGUUAGACAUUUUGCUGGAGCGAGUGUGAUAGCAAAUCUGGUUUUUACGCUGCAGAGUAUGGCUUGUGGAAUGUUCAUCAAUGUCAAUAGUCUUCCUGUCUAUGUUCGAUGGCUCAAGUGGCUUACUUACACGUUCUACGUCUUUAGCGCGUACUGCGGAAACGAGUUCGAAGGAAGCUUCUACGAUUGUCCCUUCGGCGACGACUCCGACCCGCGAUGUAAACAGUACACGGGCUCAUAUGUAAUGGCGUCUCUCGGUUUCCCGAAAGACUGGGUUGCGAAACCUAUCCUCGUAUGCCUUGCCUUCGUCAUCUUUUUUGUGGUACUAUCAGUCAUCGGCCUACAUAUUCUCAAAGUCGAGAUGACGAUUGCUCGCGCUCGAGUUUCGGAUACCGAUCUUUCGGCUGGAAAGGAAAAGAUGACUGCACGAUCUGUUGCCGACGUUCGAGCUAUCGAUCUAGAACUCAACCAAUUCUCGCUCGCUUUGGAUAAGAGAACACAACUCGGGAAAAGGUUACCAGCAAAGACGAUUUUGAACCCUGUUAAUGCGACGUUCAACGCUGGAGUUCUUAAUGUGAUCAUGGGUCCCUCGGGAAGUGGAAAGACAUCACUUCUCAACUCAAUGGCUUUGAGGCUGCGGAAUUCAGUGGGGACUAAGUAUCGACCUGCCGGAAAACUUACGUUCAACGGCGCUGUUCCUUCAGAUUCUGUCAUUCGAUCGGUUUGUUCUUAUGUCUGUCAAGAUGAUGAUGCGUUACUGCCAUCGCUUACGGUUCGUGAGACACUUCGCUUUGCUGCUGGGCUUCGUCUACCGUCGUUCAUGAGUAAAGAGGAGAAGAACCGUAGGGCAGAAGAUGUACUGUUGAAGAUGGGCUUAAAGGAUUGCGCCGAUAAUCUCAUUGGUGGUGAACUCGUCAAGGGUAUUUCUGGAGGAGAGAAACGACGAGUUUCUAUCGCAGUGCAGGUUCUCACUGAUCCUCGUAUUCUUCUUUUGGAUGAACCGACUUCUGGUUUGGACGCUUUCACUGCGAAUUCUAUCAUGGAAGUCCUUCAAGGUCUCGCCAACGAAGGUCGUACUCUCAUCCUUACAAUCCAUCAAGCUCGAUCGGAUCUGUUCAGAGAGUUUGGAAACGUAUUACUUUUGGCAAGAGGUGGUUCGCAGGUUUACUCUGGUCCUGGAAAGGAUAUGCUUGGAUAUCUUGCGCGUCAUGGAUACGAGUGUCCAACACAUACCAACCCAGCUGACUUUGCACUCGAUAUGAUCACUAUCGAUCUUCAACAGGAAGGAAGAGAGUUGGAGUCUCGAAAGCGAGUACAGAAUCUCAUUGAUCAUUGGAAAGAAGAGAGUUCAUCUACAAACGAAAAGCCUGCUGGUACUCGGGAUGAAGGCAUCAAAGAUACCCCUGAGCAGCACAACAGCCAGAACACAACACAACGCCGCUCCUUCAACAAAGCCAACCUCUCAACCCCCGCCGAACUUGGCGCCCUCAUCCGCAAACGCGCCCCCAUAACAACAUCCCUCCCCCUCCUCCUCCACCGCGCCACAAUAAACACCUACCGCCAACCCGAGCUCAUCGUCGCCCGUCUCAUGCAAGUAAUCGGCCUCGCCCUCGUCCUCGCACUAUUCUUCGCCCCAUUCGACAAUGAUUACUACUCCGUCCAAAACAGAAUGGGUUUUGUUCAGGAGAUUGGUGCGUUUUACUUUGUGGGCAUGUUGCAGAACACAGCGAUUUAUCCGAAUGAACGGGAUGUGUUUUAUAGAGAGGAUGAUGAUGGGGUUUAUAGUGUGCAUGCGUUUUUGGCGGCGUAUACGAUUCUGGAGGUGCCGUUUGAGAUUAUAAGUUGUAUGAUCUUUGGUGUUUUGGGGGUUAUAGCUGUUGAUCUUCCACGGACUGCGACGCUGUACUUUGUUUCGGUGUUUGCUUGUUUUGGAAUCGUAUCAUGCGGUGAAUCUUUGGGCAUCAUGUUCAACACACUCUUCGGCCACACCGGUUUCGCCGUCAACAUCAUGGGCGUCUUCCUCGCGCUGGCUAACACGAUGGCUGGUAUUCUCUCCAUCGACAUGCCGGAGCUCUUCAAAGCCUUCAACUACCUCUCCCCUAUUCGAUACGGCACACGAGCUGUAGCGCCAUACUCACUGCGAGAUAUUACGUUUACAUGUAAUGACGAGCAGAGAUUGCAGAAUGGAAAGUGUCCGAUUGAGACGGGGCAGCAGGUGUUGGAGCUGUAUAACUUUGAUGUUGAUCCUGUUGUUAACGUGGCGUGUUUGGCGGCUUGUGUGGUGGUGUAUAGGUUGCUUGCCUGGGGGUUGUUGAAGAUUGCUAGGACGCAUUGGAAGGGGAGGAAGAAGAGUGAUGAGAGUGUGAGGGGAUAG